CACAAGUAGAAUGUAGUGUAGAUUUUAAUAAGUUUGCAAAGUAUUUACAUUUUUCAGUAUUAUUGUUUAAGCCAGCUCUUCCAGUGAUUUGCAUAAAGUGAGAGGUCCAAGAUUUUCAGCACGUCAAUUUUGAAAGCCCCAUUCAAAAACUGGAGGUCUUAGAAGACAGUAAUUUAUGCUAAAUGUCAAUGUGACUGUGCAAGUUUGUCAUAUAGCAUGUUCUAAAGUUUGUGGGUUUACAUAAAGACAAUUGAAGAUGAUCCUUUAGUGUUUGAGUAAGGAAUGGGUGGCUGCUGGAAAUAUUAAAGGCCAACACUUUACAAGACUCUUAAGAGGGGAAUUGAUGAUUUCCUGAAACAUAGAGGGUAAUACAAGAAAACUUUCAUAGUUCAAGAUCUGCCUUUUCAUCCUGAGAGAUUCAGCUAGUUUUGGACACCUGGAUUGUAUUUUAUCUUUUUAUGAUUUAGUUUAUUUGCUAUAUUAAGUUUGGUGCAUAAGGUUUGUGAGUUGGUUUACCAGUAUGAAGAUAAAUGAGAAAAACCUAGCCCAAUUUGCUGUUGCUAAGACUCCUGUUGAUAGAGAAGGUUGGCUAUUGAAACGAGGAGAAGUUAAUAAAAGUUUCCAAAGAAGAUGGUUUACUCUAAAGGGAAAUCUCUUGUUUUACUUUGAAAAGAAAGGUGAUAAAGAUCCUAUGGGUUUGAUUAUUUUAGAAGGAUGUACAAUUGAGCUGGCUGAAAAUGAAGAAUUGUUUGCUUUCAAGAUUAUGUUUCAUAGUGCUGGCAAUAGGACAUAUAUACUUAGUGCAGAUAGUCAGGAAAACAUGGAAAGUUGGAUGAAAGCUCUAGCAUGUGCAAGCUAUGACUACAUGAAGUUAAUGGUUGCUGAAUUGCAAAGACAACUGGAUGAAGUCAAUGAAGCGGAACGUAAAAGAAAACCAAAAAUGUCUCCUCCCCAGCCACUAAGGAACAGUUUACCAGUGAACCGCUCUGACAGCUGCCUCUGCCGUCAUCAGGCAGCAGGUAGUAACCACAGGUUUAAUCCAUUCAAUACCAAAGCAGAAGAUCUGUCUAAGUCAGAUGCCACUGAAGAUGAAAAAAAAUCAACUAAUGAAAAUUCUGGUAAAUUGAUGGGAUCAAAGCAGUCUUUCAUUGAAUUGCAUGAAUAUUAUGGAAGGCAUUUUCGUAAGCUCUUUGAAGAACAGAGGCAGAACAGGUCUCACAACAAGCUACAACAGCUUGAAUAAACAUUCAUAAUUCCUCAGAGUAUUAAAGUAAAUAAGGAAUGAAGGUAGUAAAAUGUCGAAGACACUGCCACCUACAUCACAGCUGUGGAGUAUAAUACUCGUCUGUUCCUGGUGAGUAGCAUCUGGUGUGCAAUCAAGUAAAAUUAAAUAAUAUUUUGCUGACUUUACAUGAUUGAUGAUUGUUUUGCGAACAAGAUCACUGAGUGGUACAAUCAGUUCAUUCUGUAUGAGUGGACCAAGGUAAUGGUCUGCCAGCUUACCCUCUUGUGCACGUCGAUUAUGGGGUCAAAUUUGGCAAAGAGCUGCACUCAACCUAGAAAAUUUCCAUUAUUAAGUGUUUACAGUUUAUCACUAUCUUUGCAAAAUGCCAUGUUAUGUUGUGCCAGAUAAGUAAUGAUGGCAACAAUGCAUUCAAUCACCAUUUGCCAAUGACAUUUGUCUUUUUUGAUAAGUUGACCAUCAAUUUUAUUAAUUGUCUUUCACUCUUUUAAUCUUUUGUACAGUUCAGUACAAGUCAUCAUAGUGUUUGUGUUUAGAUAAUUUUGCACUGAUGUUUUUCUUAUCAUGAAUGCCUUCUUUUGCCAAUCCACUGCUAGUAGCUGUAGGCAAAGUGAAAAGUUUAUAAGCAAAAGAGUACAUAGCAUCGGCUUAAUUGGAAUACAUCAACCAUUGCCAAUGAAUCAAUUCACCCUUUGGCAAUUUGCAUUUAAAAUAAAAAAUCUGGAAAUUUGCUGGCUAUCUGAACUUACUUGAAUGGCUGUAAAUGGCUUUUGUUUUUCUUGCAUACUCGUAUUACUGCUUCCAUUUUUUUUUCUUCCUGUUCUUCAGAACCAACUGGGAUGAUAAUUAGGUUUUGCUCUACAACUUGAAAAUCACUAACAUCUUUUGAUUUUCCUUCUGGUCCUUCUAUAUCACCACUGCUAAUUUUAAUAUAUUUCAGAAUCAAAUGGCUCUGUUUCUGGAUUUCAGCCUGAACUUUUGCAGACUUUUUCCGCUUACUAGCACCAGAUGGACGAUUUGGUCCAGUGCAACCUCCUGUUCCUAAAGUGCUAGACAUUAUUAGGUCUGAAAAAAAUAUUAAAAUAUGUUUUGAAUAUAUAUUAUAAUAUAUUGUAUAUAAAUUUAUUUAUUGUAUAUAGAUUACAGUAAUUAAUAGUUAUGAUAUUUAAACUAAGCAAAGGAAUAUUGUUUAAUAAUUAAAAGUGGUAUUGAAGCAAUAGUAUGAAUGAUCCUCAAUCGAUAAUAUAUUUAGUUAUAAUGAUCAUAAUUACGAAGAGAUGAAUUAUAAUGAUUGUGAUUGAGGUAGCAAGGAAUACAAUGUUAUACAUAUUUCAAGAAUGAUUUGAUAUUUCUGUAGAAUAAAUACAAUUUAAACAACAACAAAAAUGUUAAAUGUAGGCUUAAGCAGAUUAAAAAUCAUCAAGCAAAAUCACAAGAGUCACUAUUGUGACAUAUAUAAGACAAUUGAUGACCAGGAGUGCAGGCAUCAUGAGCCCACAACUUACAUUCAUUCACAUUCUGACUUAAAAGAAUUAAAAAAUGUUGAUAAAGCACAGAUUAUAAAAAGUGAAUGGUGUAAUUUAGUUAAGAAUUUUAAAUCUACAAAUAAUAACAUACACGAUAUUGCAAUUUUAAAGAGCUUAGAAGAACAAGAUGUGAUUAUUUGUAAAGCCCAUAAAGGCGAUCAAACUUUACUCAUUAAUCAAAAAGUUUAUGAUUUAGAAAUUGAAGAAUUGCUUAAAGAAGGUCUGUACAAGAACCUAACUAUUAAUCCAGUAAAUAAACUCCAUACAAUGGUAAAUAAAAGAAAAAGUUAAACAUUGUAUAACCUUAACACCUCAAGAAAAGCAAGGUUUAAUUCAAAGUAACUUUAUACAACCUAGAUUACCAUAAGACUGGAGACAGUUUUGGACCUAUUGUGUCUAAUAUUAAGAGGUCCACAUACAAUGUAUUAAAAUUCAUAUCCAAAAACUUCUCAUUUUUAAGGGAUGAAAAUAAAUACAAAGUUAAGAAUUUGUUGAAAGAAUUGAACAUUUAACAUUAGAUCAGAGAAAUAUCCUAGUGUCUUUUGAUGUUGUUUCAAUCUUCAGAAAAAUACCUGUGAAAAAGCCAUUGCAUGUUAUGAGAAGAAAUGAAAAUAGAAUAAAAAUUUGAUGUAAUUAACUGAUGUAAUUAAUCUUCAUGAAAAAUGUUAAAAGUACAUGCUUUAAAAUUUGGAAUAAAGUUUAUAUACAGAAUGAAGGUUUAGCUCUGGGUUCUCCUUUAUCUGCAUUAUUAUAUGACUUAUUUAUAGACAGUUUUGAAACAAGUAUUAAGAAAAGCAAAGAAAAAUCCCCCAAAACAGAAAUUUGGUUAAGGUACAUUGAUGGCACAUUCUUGAUAUGGUGACAUGGUAAAGAGAAUUUAAUUGACUUUGUUAAUUACAUUAGUAAUAUUAACAACCCUGUUAAAAUUACAUAGGAAAUUGAGGAAAAUAACUGCUUACCUUUGAUGGGCAUUUUAGUAAGGAAAAAUUGGAAACUGGUAUUACCAAAAACAAUUCUUGGUAAUCAUUGCCUCACAUUAAAAACCAUGUCACAUUAAAUCUCAAAAAAUCACUGCUUUUCAUUGUUAUGUGUAUAGAAUUUUUAAAAUUGUUGUAAACAAGAAGAUUAACAACUUGUAUUACCAUUUAUACCUGGUUUAUCUUUCCAACAUAUAGACCAGUGAACAAGAUUAGCCAGACUUUUGAUAUAACUAAAGAUAAAAUUGAUUUGAUGGAAAAAAACUGGUAUAUACAAAAUAACUUGCAAAUGUGGAAAUGUUUAUGUAGGACAAACUAGAAAAAAUUUAAAAUACAUAAUAAAUGAACAUAAAAAGGUGUUAGAAAUACCAACACAAAGAUCUUAUUUUUAGCCGAACAUACUAAUGAAACUAAACACUUGAUUCAAUGGGGAAAAAAAAUUAUUUUAGCACAACCUGCAAACAUCAGUGGUAAUAUCUGCGAGUCCAUUGAGAUAGUCAAAUGUACCAAAAGAAAUUUUAACAUAUUAAUAAGGAUAAAGGAUGAAAGGGAAGUGUUGAUAAUAGAUGGUGUGAAAUUCUUUAAGCUGAAUUACAUAUAAAUUUGAUAAUGUGAUUUUGAUGAUGAUGAUGCAGUAAGAUGUCAAAACAUGCAGAAAGUAUGAGACUGUUCUCAGUUUCACAGUAUUUUAUUUUUCAUUAUGCAGUAAAAUUAUUAAGUAAAACUAUUGUUUAUUGUAUUUUGAGUCUGGGGACAGACUCAUUUUAAAUUUAUUGUGUACUAUUAAUUGUUGGCUUUUUUUCUUUAAUACAUGUGUGUGAAACUUACAUAAAUGUCUGAAGUGACUGUUUUUACCUGCCUACAACACACAUGAAUAAAUAUUUGAAUUGAUUGUUGUUACUUGCCUACAAUACAUACACAGGAAUGUAUUUCACCUGAUUAAUUAUUUCGAAGAGAUUAAUCUUCCCAAGUUAUUGUAAUGAUAGCAAUUAGAACAUAAAAUAAAAGUGAUUUAAAUGAUUGACAUGUUAACCCUUUCUGCUGUCACAUCAUUACUAUGCAGAAUCUUGAUAAAAGUAUAGUGAUAAGUAAAACAGAAGUAUGAAAUGUUUACCAUUUAUUUUUACUUGCAGAAAAAACUUGAUUCUAAGAAACUGGUUUCUCCGGGUUUUCAUAGGGAUUUGUAUUGAAAGAAUAAUCCCUAAUAUUGUGAGACUGCAGUGGUUUAUUUUUGUAUGUAAUUACUCUAAUACUGUAUAUUUAUGUAUAGAUAGAUACUAGGAGAAUAGGCUUUUCAAGUUAACGCAGCUCACCGUUCACAAGAUAUAUUUUCGUACUAACAAAUGAAGGAUGUACAUUUCACAGAAGUGUGAACCUGUUUACAAUGACAUUUACUACAUAUUUUGAUGUGAUUAAGGUCAAUAACACAUCAGAAUUUAUUUUCUAGCAUCCAAUAUUUUUCUUGAAAGUUAGAGGAGAUUGCAGCAACUGGCUACUUAAUAAUGUAAUGGUCCUUUUUUCUUACAACUAGUACUCGGUCCAACAUUUUAAUGUUUUAAGUGGAUUUAUUGAUGUGUUAAUGUAAAUAUUAUUGCAAUAUAGGACUUAAUUUUUUGCAUUAGGGAAUUAAAUUUAUGAUCAAUAAUAGCUACUGGGAUAUCGUCAUUAUUUUUUACUUCCUAGUAAAAACCUUUAGUUUCCCUUAGAAUUGAUUUAAUGUAAUUUCAGCAGUUCGGAAAAAUUUAUAAGACCUUUAAGCUUAAGUGCUUCCAUCUAACUCACUUACUCAAAUCGACAAUAAUGUUAAGUUAUGAGUGCUGCAGAAUCUUCAAAAUUCUUGGGGCUAAGACUACUUCAGAUUAAAGAAAACUUUAUUUUAACUUUAUUUGAAAUUAUAUACAGUUCACACACACACACACACACAUUAAUAAAUAAUUACUUCAGUAGAGGUGAAUAUCUGAAACAAAAAAUUAGAUUUCAUUGUUUUUUUUUGUAAAACUAACUUUUCAUUUCUGAAGGAAAUAAAUGUGUAUUCAUUGAAUUCUUCGGGACACAAUGUGUUGGUGUUGUCUGAAACAGAUGUUGGAUAUUAGUGUCACAUUUCUAGAAUGUCUUAUCUAGUCUAAAGUCUGAAAGUUUUUUGGUUACAUCAAUGAAGAAAUCUAAAGGGGGGAAAAUGAAAAAAGUUAUCUGGUGAAUGUAAGUCAUUUGAUAUACAUUGACUUUCUGUUCCAUAAAAGAAGUUAUGACAACAUAAUAGAUGUGACACUUCUCUAUUCACAUAAGCUUUUGUAGUUGUGUUUAUGAAUGAAUGUUGUUCCAUAAGAUGUUAUAAAGAAUAAUAUGAUUCAUCUAGAUGAAAACUUAUUCUGGUUUCAUUUUGUGUGAUGUUUCAGGCAGUAAAGACUUUGUUACAAUGCAGUUAGGCUCCUUUUUUUCUGUGCCUAAUUCCAUUGUAAUACUGUCUUUACUGCCUCACAAAGGGGUACUGCCUAAAAUGUCACACAAAAUACAACUAGAAGAAGUUUUGAUUUAGAUGAGUCAAUUUAUUAUUUAUUAUCCUAGUUUUGUUUAUGAUUUGUGCUAAUAGAGAACAACAUUCUCUUGUGUUGUGGGUAUACCCAAGAAGUUAUUUUGAGAAAGUUACAGUAAAAUGUAUUAAUAAACUUCUUUCUUCAUCCGUAUAUUAGCCACUAAUAAGGUGCCAUAAUAUUUUUCAGCUGUUUCUUGGAUCUAAUAAUUUUGAAACCUCCAAGAGUGGACCAAAGAUUUAUUUUCAUGUGUGAUUCAUUAAUAACUUUGACUUAUUUCUCUACAAGUAUUUAACAUAUACCCAAUGUUUAUGUGUUUUUUUUUCUAAUAAGUUGCAUGUUUUAAAAUAUAUAAUUCAUCAUUGUUUGUAAGCUUCUAGUACAUUAUUAUUUGCUUGUAAUAAUUUAUGAAUCUGGGACAUAAAGAAGUGGUGGUGGUGUAUAUUGUGAGGGUGGAUUUUGUGAAUUAUUCCAUAAGUGUUUUAAAGACUGUUGCAUUGUUUUCCUUGUGUUUUUUUAUUAAUAAUUAACACAAUUUGUUGUUUCUAUGUUUUGUAAAAGUAGUUUUGAGGACAGAUUGACUGUGAGCAUGUGGGUGUGAGUUUCAUUAUCGUGAAACUAUUCUAUGUUGUAUCAGUUGACAGUAAAACCUACAAAAUAAUAUAUUACUUAACUUUUGCAUAUUGUUCUGUAUAAACACUUACCAAUUAUUCUUGUAUUAAUAGAUAUUACCAUGUUAUGUCAUUGUGUUAUAUGAAGAUUGGUUCAGCAAUGGUGUAG